AUGCACCUCCCCGAACCGCGUGGGCCCUUCAAAGUAGGGAUUGUGGAUAUUGAGGUUCCCGUACGGAAUCCAAAGGACUUUAUUCCCUCGUAUCUGAGCCGAACUCGCGUGAAUAAGCUUUCAAAAAAUGGCAAAAAAGUUCGGAGACGCAAGGCCAAAAAAGUGUACAACAAUUUCACCACUGGCCUAGAGGAGGAAGACGUUGAAGUUGAUGACCUAGGUGCAGCAGAAGACGAAUUUCUAGGUACGCAUGGCUUCCACCUGCGCACCUCGACCCUUCACUUCCGUACGGUCUUGUUCUCGCUUUACUACCCGAGCGCAGAAUUGUCCGAGUCCCAGCGCCGGAAGUACAAGCAGCCCAAAUGGCUCGGCUUCCCAUUGAAGAAGACAACGAAGGCGGCAUGGUCAUAUAUUGGAGAGUACGGUAUGUGGGCCCAGUUCUUCGUGCCGACACUCUUAACGCUCAUACGCGCUCGGCCGGCUGCGCGUGUGGCUCUACCGCUGGGCGAUCCAUCCAAGGUGCCUAGCGAUUUGGGCUGUGGUGCUGCAGGUGAAGCCAUUGACUCCAUGACGACCAAGAAGUUUCCUGUCGUCAUCUUUUGUCACGGUCUUGCCGGCAACCGCCUGGCCUAUUCGCAAUUUUGCACAGAGCUUGCUUCGUAUGGUUUUGUUGUGGCUGCAAUUGAACACAGAGAUGGUUCCGGUAUGGGAAGCUAUGUGUGGACUGGACUGGACUCGAUCUUGAAUUCGAGCGAUGUAAGCAGCCCCGCACUCGCCAAGCGUUUGCGAAAGAAUGUACUAAUGGGGGCAAACGAAUCUGUGUUGAAUCUCUCGCUGAAUGAGGAAAGUCAGCUCAAUGAUGACCAAGAGCGGUCUGUGCCUUCUCUUUUUAGCGACUAUACCAAAGUGCCCUACUUGCCUUUUGAAAAGGUGGGUCUUCGUCCCUUUAUGGCUGUACAGGGCGAGAAAGAGAUACAUCUUCGUCAGGCGCAGCUUUCUAUGCGUGCGGCUGAAAUCAUGGAGACGAUGUACGUCUUGAAGCGCAUCAACGAUGGCGAUGCCGAGUGGGUUGCACGCCAUCGAACGCGAAGUCUCGGAGCGGCGCUGGUGGGCACGAAAGAGUUCAAGAAAAUGCGUCGGCAGGGUCUUUUGGAACACACCAGCGAAUUUUUGGCGGGUUGGAAGAACAAACUGGAUAUUGAUUUUCCUAGUUUGGUCGGCCAUAGCUUCGGUGGUGCGACUUUAUUUGAGUUCUUGCGCAAGGAUCAAGAUCUCUUCCAGUUUGGUAUUAUUUUGGAUCCCUGGAUGGACCCUGUGCGCGAUCCACUGACAGAUGAGAGCGUUCGAGGCAAGCUCAACAAGCCUGUGUAUGUCAUCAACUCGGAAGGCUUCACCAUGUGGCCUGAGCAGUAUAUUAAGUUGCGCCGCGUUACUAUGGAUGGAGUCAAUGCCAGUCCGGAACAUCGCGGCUGGCUCAUGACGCUUUCAGGUACCAACCACGGCGACUUUAGUGAUCUGCCCUAUUUGCUUCCUCGUAUAUUUGGCUCGGCGGUGCAUGCAGACGAGGCAAUGCAAACAUUUUCGGUGGUGACGCGAGCGCAAAUCACCGCCCUACGCCAAAACUGGCACCUCUAUCAAAUCCGUAAAGGCGCUAUCCCUGAUGAUAUUGGUCUUAACAAGCAACUUGUGCCCUCUGGAGGCGCGCACAUCAUGGACGAGCAAAAUAUGCCAGUGACCAAAGAAAUGAUGCAAUUUCUAUAUCAGGUGCGAGUUCUUUCGAAGCGCUUAAAUCGCCGCAACCGCAAAAAUCUCUUUUGGGAAUUGCACGGUUGGCGGUAUCAAGCACAGCACGACCCUCACACACGUGCCGGCAAGAAGUUCCAGCGUAUUCAGGCCAGGGAAGAGGCCCGUACUAGCCGCCAGGCAAAUACUGGUGAUAUGAACCCUGAUUUGGAGCACGAGGUGGACGAGAAAAAACAGCAAAAGGCGAUUCUGGAGGAUCCGAAGAACAAGCCACAGUUUAUUGACCCUAUGAGCGACGGCAGCGAAGCUUGGUAUGGCCAUUUGGUCGACACAGAUGCACGGACCGUGUUUGAUCAGUGGCGUCAAGAGGUCAGCAUAGCAAAACACCACCGGCGCCCUCUGUCUCUCUUUUCACUAUUUUUAUGGUUCCUCGGUAUCGGGGAUGGGUUGGCUCCGGCCGGUCAUUUGCUAGUGCACGAUUUAUAG